AUGGCUUCUAACGACAAGGGUUUGGAGGAGAUCCCCGAGGGACAGAUCGAGACCAACUACGAUGAGGUCACCGACUCCUUCGACGCCAUGGACCUGAAGCCCGAGCUGCUUCGCGGUGUCUACGCCUACGGUUUCGAGCGUCCCUCCGCUAUCCAGCAGCGUGCCAUCAAGCCCAUCAUUGCCGGCCACGAUGUCAUUGCCCAGGCUCAGUCUGGUACCGGAAAGACUGCCACUUUCUCCAUCUCCGCUCUCCAGAAGAUCGACUCGGAGCUCAAGGCCUGCCAGGCUCUGAUUGUCGCUCCCACCCGUGAGUUGGCUCAGCAGAUCCAGAAGGUCGUUGUCGCCAUCGGUGACUUCAUGAACAUUGAGUGCCACGCCUGCAUUGGUGGUACCAACGUCCGUGACGACAUGAACGCCCUCCGCGCCGGUCCCCAGGUCGUUGUCGGUACCCCCGGUCGUAUCCACGAUAUGAUUGAGCGCCGUGUCCUCAAGACCGACCAGAUGAAGCUCUUCAUCCUCGACGAGGCUGAUGAGAUGCUUUCUCGUGGUUUCACCGAGCAAAUCUACGACAUCUUCCAGCUCCUCCCCCAGUCUACCCAGGUCACCCUGCUGUCCGCUACCAUGCCCCAGGAUGUCCUUGAGGUCACCACCAAGUUCAUGCGUGACCCCAUCCGUAUCCUGGUCAAGAAGCAGGAGCUUACCCUCGAGGGUAUCAAGCAGUUCUACAUUGCUGUCGAGAAGGAGGAGUGGAAGCUCGACACCCUCUCCGAUCUCUACGAGACCGUCACCAUCACCCAGGCCGUCAUCUUCUGUAACACCCGCCGCAAGGUCGACUGGCUCACCGACAAGCUCACUGCCCGUGACUUCACCGUCUCUGCCAUGCACGGUGACAUGGAGCAGGGCCAGCGUGAUGUUAUCAUGAAGGAGUUCCGUUCCGGAUCUUCCCGUGUCCUGAUCGCCACUGACCUUCUGGCCCGUGGUAUCGAUGUCCAGCAGGUUUCCCUGGUCAUCAACUACGACCUUCCCGCCAACCGUGAGAACUACAUCCACCGUAUCGGUCGUGGUGGUCGUUUCGGUCGUAAGGGUGUUGCCAUCAACUUCGUCACCGCUGACGAUGUCCGCAUGAUGCGUGAGAUUGAGCAGUUCUACAGCACCCAGAUCGAGGAGAUGCCCAUGAACGUUGCUGACCUCAUCUAA